AUGUAUUUUUAUGACUAUAACCCCAUCUUGAUUGCUCAAUUUUGUUGCAUAGCAAUGAGCUUAUUGUCAGUUAUCGGAGUCAUCAUUGUAUUUAUCUUAGGCAAAGGUUGGAGAUAUUUCAUUGUUAUCCUCUUCUUUACUCAAAUCAUUUGUAUGCUAUUUUUCUAUGUACCACAAGUAUUAACACCAUUCAUUUUUUAUGAUGAAAGCGAAUCAACGGAAAAUGAUUUUUGUUAAUUUAAACAGAACAACGAGAAUGAUCAACAAUGCAUACAACAGACAUUUUGUAAAUUGUAAGGCUACUUUAUCAAUUCAUCCUUUUUGGCAUCCACAUUGAUUUCCUUAUAUUCAUCCUAUAUCAUUUAGUAAACAUUAAAUCCGAAUUCUUAAAUUGGAAAAAAAGUUAAAUAAAUUUAUUGGAUACAUUUUGGAAUUGGGAUAUUCACAUUUACCAUAUGCAUACCAAUGCUAUUUAAAGCGCAAUACAAUCAUUAUGGAACCUCUUGGGGCAACUAACUAAUAUACUACGUUUGCAAUCUAGAAAUUGAGUCAGAUCAUUUGUACACUUAAACUGUAUUUUGGUUAUAAACAACUAUUACGACUGCGCUGAUCUUAGUAGGAAUUAAAUUUCAUUGGUCUGCGAAGAAAUUGAAAUCUAAAAUUAGAACUAAUUUUGUUGGGGAAUUCGACGCCUGUUCCUCAUUAAAUCUCUACAUAUUACCUAUAACUCUACUUAUAUUUUGGACAAUUAAUGUGAUGUAGAAACUCAUUGAUUUCAAAUCAGAUUACAUUAGAUAAUCUGGAUAUGCAAUAUAAGCCAUUUGGUUCUUACCAUAACUCUUAUUGGCACUCCAAGGAUUUAAUUAUGCCUCUCUAUUUUUUUAUGCAUUCUAUUUAUAAUUAGUGCCGAACCUUCCGAAGUCAUUACAAAGCACUUACUUGUUCUUCGCUAAAAUAAGUUUUUAUAAUUGUAUAUAUGGGAGAAUCGCUGAAUCUAAAAUACUAAAAGAUUCUCUUCUUUAUGAAGCUGACUCUGCCAAGGACAGUACAUCAUCUUAUAUACAGAAGGAUGAUUCAUCAACAAAUCGAUGA